GCUACAACAAGAGACUGUUGCAAAGGAGAAAAUACCAUGAGAAGAAUUUGGAAAAUUUCAGUUGAUAAAUGUUCAAAUACCGAACACUCUAAUGGAUGACAAAAAACCUGGAAGUGGCACUUGGCGAAAUUAUGCUGGAGGAAAAUUGGCUUGGCAGGUGGGAUAUGACUGGAUACAAUCACAGGAACAAUUUCUCAAUCGAAAGGAAAUCUACAAGGGCAAAGAAGUUGCACUUCAUAUUGAUCAUGGUUUCUUUAACGGAAGAAAAGAAGACGUAGAACUAAACGCAAUAAUGAUUAAGGCUGCAGCCGAAUUUGCCAGACACAACGUACACAAUGGCAUUGUUUUAGCUCAAUAUGCUGGCGUCCUUGUUACAGAACGAUUGGAUCCCAUGACAAAAGAAAUCCUUGAUAGACCUGGACGCUUUUUUUUAUUUUGA